AUGUUUUCAGGUGCUUUAAAUUAUAUCAAGAAUCUUGGUGGUUCUACACCACAAGAAGGAGACAAUAGUCUCAAGGUAGAAGAGAGUGGAGACAAUAAGCAAACCAACCCAGAAGAUAACGAACAAAGAAAGGGUCUCCUCAAGCAAUUAUCAUCAUACAUGGGCAAGGAUAUCACUUCAUUGAUCUCUCUCCCAGUUUGGGUCUUUGAACCAAUGUCUUUUCUCCAAGUCAUGUCAGAGCCACUCCAAUACAACCAUCUCUUAAAGAAGGCUGCUGAAGCCGAUAGCCCAUACCACGCUCUUGCCUAUUUGGCUGCUUUCAAUUGUGGUCUUUACAGUACCGCUGUUAGAACUAAGAAACCAUUCAACCCAAUUCUUGGUGAAACAUUUGAAGUUGUCAAAGAUGGUAUGAAGUUUAUUGCUGAACAAGUUUCUCAUCAUCCACCAAUUGGUGUUAGUGAAACUAUUGCUGAUGAAUACACACUUCAAUUGGAAACAUUAUUGAAAUCAAAGUUUUAUGGAAACUCUUCUGAAGUUGAAAUCGAUGGUAUUAAUCACUUUAUCAUCAACAAGAAUGGUCAUCACAUUACAUGGGGACAUUUAGUCACCUGUUGCCAAAACAUUAUUAUUGGUGGUAUUUGGUUGGAUCAUUAUGGAGAUUUGAUCAUUGAGAACCACACCACUGGAGACAAGUGUGUCCUCAAAUUCGCCAAGUCUGGUUGGUUGGGUGCCGGUCGUUAUGUUGUCACUGGUGAACUCCUCGACAGUGAAGACGAAGUCAGAUACAGAUUGGAAGGCAAGUGGAACGAAAGCCUCAAGAUGUACGAGGUUCUUAGCAACGGACAAAACGCUCCAAAUGCUACCAUUCUUUGGGAAGCUUCAAAGGAAGUCAUUAAUCAUCCAUUUAAUCUUCCAAAAUGGGUUGUUGAAAAUGUUACUGGAUUAACACCAGAAUAUGAAAAGAUUUUACCAAGUACUGAUAGUAGACUUCGUACCGAUAGAAGAGCUUUGGAAGCAGGUGAUCUUGAUACUGCCAGCAAGCAAAAGCACGCUUUGGAAGAAAAGCAAAGAGAAGACAAGAGAAAUAGAGUUGCUUCUGGCCAAGAAUGGGAAACUAAAUACUUUAAAAAGGUCGAUGACGCCAAGUUUAACUACAGGUGGCAAUUUAAUGGAAAGUACUGGGAAGAACGUGAAGAAAGAGUUAAGGCUGCCAACUAA